AUGGAGAGUCCCAAAAAUUCACCUACCCUGGAAGAUAUUAACGAGGAGGAUAUCAGAACCGAACAACCCACAGAAGAAGAGACCAACGGUCGACCACCCCAAACCAUCGAUUCGUCCCAAAGGCUACAUCCGUCGCUGAAAAGCCAAAGCCGCUGUUCGACUUCUUCACUUCGGCUGGAUGCCUUGGCUUGCUCGCAAUCGCUCUGCCUGCAGGAAAACCUGAAACUAUUCGGAAACCUGCUCAACGAUCGAAAUGUGAAGAGUCUCAAGAAACAACUGCACGACCAAGAACUUAUUCGGGGACCCACCGGAAGCGUGCACCUGAAAAAGUGCACUCACACCCCAACUCCGCGUCCGCCAAGUGGACGCCGUUCACCACCCAGCACCCAGCAAUACCAAGACCAAAGGAUUCAAAGAUUCAAUGCGAUGCUCAAACGAAAAGCCUUCGACCGGCUGACGGAUAAAAUUUUCACCAAGCUUCCCCAUCUGCUCCUGCAGACGAGCAUUACCGACCUCUCGCAGCUAGCUGCCACGACACAACACAAGAUAAACGUUAUAUUCACAAUCAUCCGCAGUUAUGUCGGAGAUCCGCUAACCAUUCACGAUCACGAGUUAUAUCAGCAUCUCAGCGUGUGGCUGGCUCGAUUUAUCGAAGAUGUAAUUUCAUCAGUUCAGUGGAAGAUUUACUCCGACGAAAGCAUUAUCCCCAAAGAAGAAGAACAACGCCAGCAACGUAACCGUGGAAGGUGUAGCAUGACUACGGUCCUGCUGGAGGACCUACCUGAGGCCAAAAUUUUGCGCUCUAGCAUUUUUUAA